AUGUUUAAACGGUUGGGUUUAUCCUCUUUGUGGAAACCGAAAAACCCGCAUUCAUUGGAAUACCUGAAAUACUUAUAUGAAGUACUUCGCAAGAAUGAGCAGGUUACAGAAAAUAAUCACAAGUUGUUGGUUGAAUGCUUGAGAGCAGUUUCUGAAAUUUUAAUUUGGGGUGACCAGAAUGAAAGUUCCGUUUUUGAUUUUUUCUUAGAACGACAAAUGUUGGAAUAUUUUCUUUCUAUAAUGAAACAAAAUUGUGGCUCCUAUAUCUGUGUUCAACUAUUGCAAACGCUCAAUAUUUUAUUCGAAAAUAUACGUCACAAGACAUCUUUGUAUUAUUUGCUCAGUAAUAAUCAUGUUAAUUCAAUCAUCACAUAUCAUUUUAAUUUUGAAAAUGAGGAAAUUAUGGCAUAUUACAUAUCCUUCUUGAAAACGCUUUCCUUCAAGCUCAAUAUAUAUACUAUACACUUCUUUUUCAAUGAGGCUAAUCAAGACUUCCCAUUGUACACAGAAGUCAUCAAAUUUCAAAAUCAUAGUGAAGCUAUGGUACGCAUUGCAGUACGAACGACCACACUUAACAUAUACAAAGUGGAAGAUGAAUCAAUGAGGAGUUACGUUCGUGCUCACUCCCGGGUUUACUUUUGUGCUUUGAGCGAUUUUAUUGCAAGGCAAUCGAUUGAAAUCGAUCAUUUUGCUCGGUCGGCUGAAAAUGAAUCCAGCAAUCGCAAAAAGCUUGAUUCUAUGAUUGAUGAUUACCUUGAUUAUAUGCAUUAUCUCAACGACAUUUUACUUAUAAAAGAUGAAAAGCUUUCCACUGUGCUCAUUGAGGUAGUUUUUGAAAGACUGCUGGGACCGCUGUAUCUUUCAUCUCUUGGUGGUAUUCGUCUUCAUCCCGCUACUGCUGUUUUAACACCAGUUUCCACUCUCUUCUUUCUUACUCAUUUUCUGUUGAUCGUCGAUGAUUCCCAGGCAGUACAAUCACUUUUGUCAUCGUUUUUUUUUGGUGAUGGUUCUGAUGUGCAGUAUCAGUGGAUUCGCAAUGAAAAGGCAGCGUGGAUUCUUACAAAUAUGAAAGCUAAAGAUAUUGAACCGAGAGCAUUUUUUAACGGAUAUAUGAAUGCGUUGUUUUGUUCGAGAAGUGAUCAUUCAGCUUUUUACGGGCUUAUUUUCAUUUAUGCCCUUUGUCAGAACAAAGGAGCACGAGGAGAAAUUUUGGAAGCUGUACAGUUCACUUCCGAUGUCGUUAGUUCUGAUCACAAUUUCCUGGACAGUUUGCUGGAUAUUAUAGCUAGAAGUGCUGAAGCAGACUCAUUUAUUCGUGCAGUAACAGUUGAAUUAUGCUGUAUUGUCUUAAGGCAGCUAUUAUUGGUCAUGGAUGCAUCUAUAGAUGCACAAGUAGAAUGCGAAAGGAGAGCAGAAAAAGUUAUAACAAGCCUUGUUAGCAUACUUGCACCAUCUGUUUACUCGGAAAAACUGUUUUUGGAGAUGUUUGAAGAUGAAUUUUAUAAUUUUGAGAGAAAUAAAAUCCAAAUUAGAAGUAUUAGUACAGAUUCAUCACUUUUGCUUCCUCCUCCUAGUACACCACUGAAUGGUGUUUCGCUUAAUAAACGCCUUCCAUGUGGCAGUGAAGAACGAAUCCGAAAGAAUAUCCAGCUGUUCUUCCACUUGAGACAGUUUGCGUUAGAUCUCCGUGAUGAAGAAGAAACGUGUUUACCAAUAUCGUCUAAAACUGAUGUGUUUGUUGAAGUGAACGAUUGUAUUAACCUCGAAAACAGUGAUUUGCUCGCUUGCACAGUUAUGAAUGAAAAAAACGAGAAAGUUCAUCGAUUUCUUGUUACGGAUCAGGCACAGUUGAUACUGGUAGAGCCAGAUAACAAGCGUAUGGGAUGGGCCGUUGUCCGUUUUGUUGGUCUUUUACAAGACACUCAACUAACGGGCGACCUUGGAGACAGUCGUGCACUUCACAUCAUUGUUAAUGAUGUAAGUAAUCGUUCGGGAGCAAACAAUACGAUUUACUUUAAUGCAAAAUUUUUGUUUGAUGACCACAUCCGAUGUAUGGCUGCCAAACAACGCCUCACCAAGGGUAGACAGAUGGCAAGGCAGUGUAAACUGGAUCAGAUUUGCGAUUUACUUGGAAUUGCACCCAAGGCUUCUAUGUGGAAAAGUAAUAAGAAUCCAUUUCGAAUAGUUAAAGGUUGUCCACCCGGAUCAUUACGGAGACAGCCACAAGCGAGCAGCCCACAUAGCAGCAGGUCAUCCAGCGGUUCAUUGCAUAUUGUUCCUGACGAUCCUGAACAUGGUGCAAGUCAUUUAGCAAAUAAAAAUUGGAAAGUGUGUGCUAUGUCCGAUGAUGGACCUACUGACAUCCAAUCAGGAGCUAAUAGUUCGACGGCUUAUGGUCGAGGUUCUAGUUUAGACCGUGAUACCACCGAGAAACUAACCAAGUUGACGGUUGUCAGAAGUGAUUCACCGCUCAAAAGUUUUGGAGAGAGGAAAGCUCGAGAAAGGAAUGUAAAGAUAGCUCGGGGGCAUCAGAUAUUCAAAAACAUGGAAUCAACGUUGAGUGAUGGUAAUACAAAAAAAAAAUCGCUUGAGCAAGGGAAAAAGGAAAGGCAACCUCUUAAUAGAUCGCAAAUCAGGAAAAUGAUGCUACCGAGUGGACCUACCAAUUCAGAGAUACAAAAAUCUUUAGAUUCUUCUAUGAUAACUGCGGACGAACUCAUCAAUCUGUUUGACCUUGCUGUUAACGAUCGCUGUUCGAUGCAUGGCAAAUUCAAAAGUAUAAUGAAUGAUGGAAAUUUAUGCCUCAGUGAUGAAGACUGGAAUCGGUUUGCUUGUCACGUUGCAAGUAUUGCAGUACAAGAAGUCAGAGGAUUUGCAGUAACUGCUGCCAUUAUGGCUGUCAGACAAAAAGGCUUUCGAUCGGCUUUUGCACAAGAAAUCAAUGUUUUAAUGUCAAAUUAUGUUUUGGUUGGAGGAACUGGACAAGGACUCCCGGAACUUGUGGCACAUCUUUUAAUUGCUAACUGGCCUCAAGAGCAUGCGAGAUGUGAUCUCGAGUCGAAUGACAUUUUAUUUUAUAUCAUUUCAUCAAUUAAGGGAUGGUUGGAAACAAUAAUUGGCGAGGCAGAUGAAAUUGAAGAGAUUGAAUCGAACUGUGCUUGUGCAUUGUAUGAGGUGUGUCGUUUCGCGCAACGAAAACUUUGGAUGAAGUGGCCAGAAUUAGUAGAUGAAUGUUAUGCCGCCGCAAGAGAUGGUAUAACCUUAAAUAUCACAUUAACCAAGGAAGCACGGAAAGCAUUAUUAGAUACCAUGAUUAUGAUGCACGAAUGGACUAGCCGGCAUGCAAAAACAUUGGUUAAUGUCAGCACACAAACUUGUAGAACUCGGGUUUAGUUCACUGUACCAGACAAAUGGGCGUGUCAGGCGCACAAUUACAAUGAGCGCAGACGUCGUGCCGAUGCCGAUUUCUAUGUCAUUCUCUGUUUCUGUGUGGAAGUGAAAGAGAAAAGUGGUCUGAGAUCGAUUGUGUACGGAGAGGGAGAAGAGAAGAGCGGUGUCUAG